AUGACUUCGGCAGCCCCCAGAUGCACGCUGGGGCCCGCGCUGCAGCUACUCUUCACCCUCGUGCUCAUCUCUACCGGCGUACACCACACUGCGGCUGCCUAUGGCGCCGGACUGUCUUUCUUCACCUCUGCCGGGGCUUCGGCAUCCUCCGUUACCUCAGCAUCCGCUCCUAAAGUUGCCAACCUCACCGGAUGCCCCAACCUCCGUAUCGGUAUCAUCAACGGCGUCCCCUACCACUAUGAAGUUCUCGCUGGCCUCAUGCACACCUUCCGGCCUUACGCGCGCCGUACCGACAUCUACGUUAACCCCUACACACGCACCUCCAGCGGCGACGGCGCCUGGGAAGUCCUGCGCCGUUCCCGCGUAAACUACAUCUUCCUUACUCGCAACAUCCUCAAAAACAUCGCACAACAGAAGCCCUUUUACGACCUGCUAAUCUUGGUCAGCCCCGACUACGAAUUAGAUGCCAACGAGGAGUUGCUACGCCACAUCCGGCGCCAUAUGACUGUGGCGAUUGUUCACAACAGCGACUUCAACGAGACGGAACGGCUGAUAAGGGUUGCAGAAGGCGGAAGCAGCGGCGCUCGCCUGGUUACGCUGUCGCCCCACACCGCCACCUCCCUGGCCUCCGCCACUGGGCGUCAGGUGGACUGGGUCCUGCCGGUGUACCCGUUCAAGCCCAAGACCAACUGCCUGGAUGCCAGCGAGGUGGACCUACUGGGUAUGUGCCUACGUGGGUUUGCUAUACAGGGUAAGUUUUCCAGCCUGCGCCGCAAUUACAGCGCCGUGUGGCAUCAGAUGUCCAGCCGCCGCGAGGAGCUCACCACGGGGUAUGCCAAGACGCUCUUCCACAUCAACGUGAUGGGCAAGGGCCAAGACGACCGACUGGGGCUGCCCGACGACCUCGUACCCUUCGUGACGGUGCUGCGCCGGCUGCCGUUCCGCGGCUUCUAUGACCACCUCCACCACAGCUUUGCCAUCCUGCCCAUGCUCGGCAACCGCCGCUACCUGACGCAUAAGUUCUCGUCCUCCAUCCUUUCCUCUUUCAUCUCCGGCACGCCGCUGGUCGCAAAUCGCGAGUUUCUGGCGUCGUACAGCAUGCUGAACGAGCGAUGCGUGUAUUUGCAGAAGGACGACGAACAGGAGCUGGAUGUGAUGUUGCGCCUGGUGGCGACGCCGGCGACGGAGCUCUUGGCUGUACGACGGCAGAUGGCUGAGACAAGGCGACGCGUGAAUGAGCGCGCGGCCUUGGGCCCUAUCGUACGGGCUCCCACGGGCAGGUUGAGGGCAGCGGUGUCGUAUUUUAAGGUACCUAGCCUGUGGCAUGGACCUGCCUGUUGGGAGGGAUAUGGAGCGGAGGACCGCUUGCGCGCGCGUGUGUUCGAGUACAACGUUGUGAGAUGUGAUGACGCCGCUUGCAACAUGACAGCUGCAGUUAAGCUGUUCUUCAUCGCAAAUCCACGCCACCCUACCAUUCACAGCCGUUCGCCGCUUUCUUCGCAAGUACGGCCGGCCUCAGGCAUUCGAGUCCUCAGUAGCACGCCAAAACUGUGGCCCAGCUUGGCCGGAGAGACGGCUAAGGCGGCUCACGACGGACUCAAAAGUGUCCUGGACGUGACCUCCAAGUAA